AUGCCAGUCUCGCCCCAGUGGAAGACACUCAUGCCCACCUACGGCUCUCAGCACAUAAACGACGUGGCCGACUUCUCUCUCUGGUGUGAAGAAAUGGCUGAAUUCAAACAUCCAACGCAUGAGCAGCAGCUAUGGGUUCUCCGUCACUAUCGCGCAAAGGAGGCACGCUUCGAGUAUCCUCUGAUUAUAGUGAUUACUGAUACACCUCCAAGGCCCCUGACUCUCACCAUUGCCGGCGUUGCAGCGUUGUUUGUCCCAGAUGCGCCUCUUUGCACCGGAUUUAAUGUGAACACGGCCUAUGCAUCACCCCGGGUACCAGACCCAUCUCCAAUUGUGUUGAAGAGGUGGAUGGCGCCUACUAUGAGAGAGACAGACCUCAUACUCAAGUCCCUGGCCAGGCUGUGUAAUGUCAAGGCUAUAAACUGGUUCGGACUCUGCUGUUUUGUCGAGUUACACACUAACGAUGGCAGAUCCUACAAGAGACACUCGCUGCCCAGCCGCGUUGCGGGAAAAACUACGACAUAUCAUCAUUCAGCCAACAGGUUCUGGGAUGAACCGGAGAAUCUUGGGUUAAUACGGCGCAUCGACCCUCAGCUCUCCGCAGUGAUAUCUCCUUUGCAGGAUCAGACGGACUAUCUACGCGAAGGGCUAGGGGUUCUGCAACCCGGAGUUCGCAUCGCCGCAGGCCAUCCUGACUCCUCCACCACCCCUUCGAUGCCUGAACCUGGUACGAGCUGUGGCGUACGGCUGCGUCAUUCGACCAGCCGCCUGGCUGUCACCAUUGGAAGUUAG